GAAAGGACGCAGGAGAAACUGCAGUACAAAACAUAAAUAAACAAAAAUAAACAAAUAAAUCAGCGAUUAAUUAAAUAAAUAAGGAGGAGCGCCGGGAGCAGCGAGCGAAUGGACGGAAUGGUCCUCCGGUGGAGCGGAACAUGUGAGCCCAAAGGCCACCGGUAACUUUUUUUUUCCCCUUUCACAGACGACGGGAGGUGAGAAGAGCGCGCGCGCGCGCGCUGCGUGAGAGCUGUCACGAGUGUCCUGUCACGUCCCCACGAUGGUGUGUGUGCCGGGAUUCGGCUGGGUCCUCCUGGGCGCUCUGCUGCACCCCGUGGCACCCAGCUGGGGCGCAGACCGACCGGACAGACCGAGGCAGUGCGACGCGCCAAAGUCGCAAAGUGACAUGAACUCAUUCCUGUGGACAGUAAAGCGUGGUCCUCCCCAUCCUCCUUCUUACCUCUUUGGUACCAUCCACGUGCCUUACACUCGAGUUUGGGACUACAUCCCCAACAGCUCCAAGCAGGCUUUUCACAGUAGCCCCAAUGUCUUCUUUGAGCUGGACCUGACAGACCCUCUGACCAUCUCCAAGCUGACUAGCUGCCAGUUGCUUCCCCACGGGGAGAAUCUGCAGUCCCUGCUACCCCGAGACCUGUACCGUCGCCUCAAACGCCACUUGGACUACGUCAAACACAUGAUGCCCUAUUGGAUGACGGCUGACCAACGUGGGCGUGGCUUGUAUGCUGACUAUCUGUUCAACGCCAUUGCAGGAAACUGGGAGAGGAAAAGGCCGGUGUGGGUGAUGUUGAUGGUAAACUCCCUGACGGAGUGGGACGUCCGCUCCAGAGGGACACCAGUUUUAGAUCUUUUCCUGGCUCAAGAGGCUGAGAGGAUGGGAAAGACGACUGGGGCAGUGGAGCGCGUGGAGGAACAGUGUCACCCACUCAACGGGCUAAACUUCUCUCAGGUAGUGUUUGCCUUGAACCAAACGUUGUUGCAACAUGAAGGCGUUCGAGCAGGCAGUCUGCAAGGCUCCUACACCACCGAGGACCUCAUCACGCACUACAACUGUGGUGACCUCAGCUCCAUCAUCUUCAACCAUGACACAUCACAGCUCCCUCACUUCAUCAACAGCUCACUUCCCGCUCACGACCAGAUGACGGCCCAACAGAUCGACAGCUACUUCCGCCAGGAGCUCAUCUACAAACGCAAUGAGAGAAUGGCUCGCCGCGUCUCCGCCCUGCUCCAGAGAAAGCCAAACCAAACUUACUUUUUCGCUUUUGGUGCAGGUCAUUUCCUGGGGAACCACAGUGUGCUGGACAUCCUCAGGCAGGAUGGUUAUGAGAUCAUCCACACACCCUCUGAUCAGCAGGAUCCAGUCACAGAAAGCACACCAUAUGGGACUGCAGGUGACACGACAGAGGACAACACUGACCUAAGCACAACGUUUCCCACCAGCUGGCCCACCAGUCCUCCAGAAGUGGAGCUGGAGGAUCCAGAAGGCUCCCCGGGCCUUGGCGAAGAGUUGCUGCCCCACAUGCUGCUGCCUGACAGUCUGAGCCAGCUGGAGGAGUUUGGAAGACACAAAUGGCUCCGCAAAGCUCACCGUGGCCACGGACGACCCCGACUCUUCAGCGACCUGUGGGUUCGCAUUGGGGACGGCAGCACCCCACCUCCUAGUGUGAGGAUCAUCAACGGUUACGUGACAGUGGAGCCUUCGCUGACCCACCAGGAGCAGCACAGAUGGAUAGUGAUGGGACCUCCUAGUCCAUCUCCCAUCACCCUGUCCAGUUCCAGCUCAGCACAGCCCACAUUAGUCCACAGCAAAUGCUUGUGUGUUUUAGCCUGGCUGUUAUCACAUGUGCUGUUUAUCUCCUGACCACAAAUACUAUUAUCACACAGGCAGUACUACAGCAGAGCAUGGGACUAGACCCAAAAUGUUCUCCGAGUAGAAUCAGACCCACACUGUUCAAAUACUAAGUCUUUAAUAAUGUAUAAAUUAAAAUUGUCAAAAUAUGUGGACUAAGCUUUCAGCCAUGGCAAAAUGAAUAAUGUUGGAUUCUUCAGACCUCAUGAAAGUAUUAUGAUAAAUUAACAACAAAAAAAGAUCAGUACAGCAUGUGUGAUGGACUCAUAUACCUGAGUAAAAAAAAAAAAUUCUAAUGUAAUAAUAAUAUAGACAUUAAUAAUGAGAAUAGAACAUACUAAUAAAUAUAUAACUAUGAUACAUGACUUAAAUGCAUACAAACAGUGCUGUGUAGGAGGUGAACAAUGCAGUUGUCACUUUUGUAAAUUGUGCAUUUUGUUCAUAAAGAAAUAUUGUAUAUUUAUUAUUUUGGGGGGAAAGAAUAUAUUUUCUUGCUUUUGAAGAUAAACCAAUAAACAUUAAAAGA